UUUUGUUUAUGCGGAACGAGGGCGGCCCGGGGUGCGAAGGUCUGCGACAGAGGCCGGCCCAGAGGGCUAGAUAAAGCGGGGCUGCGACGCCGAAGCCGCCUCCCCGCCAUGGACAGCACCGAGGGCGCCCAGCGCGCGCCCAGCCCAGCGCGCUCGCCCUCGCCCUCGCGCAGCCGCCGCUCGCCGCCCGCGCAGCCCGGGUACUUACCAUCCAUCCAUCCCCGCUCACUCUCCACCCUCGCUCCGUGCCCACCGCCUGGAUCGCCUGGCCCCGGCUCAUCCCUGCGCGCCCUCACCUCAGCCCCUGCCCUGUGCCCGCCGCCCGUGCCCCCCGGUGCCCGCGCUCGGUCGCAGUUGUGUUCCGCGGCCAGGCUCACGUUCUCUGUGCGCGGGUUGCGCUUGCUUCCAUCCUGCAGGUCCGAGGGCUUCUGGAGACCUUGGCUUCGAACUCCCGGAGAAAAAUCGGAGCGGGCGGAGCCCCAUGCUACCCAGGCGUUGCCCAGCGGCCCUGGAAUGACUGAAGCUUCUUCAGGGAAGCUUUCUCAAUACCAACACCCUGUCAGACUGUUCUGGCCCAAGUCAAAGUGUUACGACUACUUAUAUCAAGAAGCAGAAACUCUUCUGAAAAAUUUCCCAAUUCAAGCUACAAUUUCAUUUUAUGAAGAUUCUGAUAGUGAAGACGAAAUAGAGGGUCUGGCCUGUGAAAAUCAAUCUAAUUAGUUGCUUCUGUUGACAAUGGAGCUGUGUAGGAUUCGGAUUUUCUGUAUAAAUGUAUCAUAAACUUUUAAAACUAAUUUAUUUGUAUAUAACUUAUU